AUGGAUACUAUCCGGAGAGCGUACCGCAUAUUGUUCUACGAUAGAGCAGAUCCUCGAGUCAAGGACUGGCUCCUGAUGACGUCACCAUGGCCUUUAUUCUGGAUCAUAGCCACGUACCUGUGUCUGGUGAAGCUGGUGCUACCACCGUACAUGGCUAACAGACGGCCCUACCACCUGCGCAGUAUUAUCAGAUGGUACAACGUAUUGCAAAUUGUUGCCAACGCUGUCGUCACAUACGGGAUACUGACAUCGGGUUGGACAACUACCUAUGCCUCUUACGGCUGUAUUCUUCCUGAUUUCUCCGAUAACCCGGAAGCGCUGCGAAUGCUGCGUUUCCUCUGGUGGACGAUCAUCUUGAAGAUGUUGGAACUGUUGGAGACGGUCUUCUUCUUGCUGAGGAAGAAGGAGCGCCAGGCAUCUUUCCUGCACGUGUACCACCAUGUCAGCACGCUCAUUAUUAUCUGGUCGGCUGUCAAGUACGUUGGGGGUGGGCUAACAUCAUUUCCGGCAAUGUUAAACAAUACAGUACAUGUCAUUAUGUACAGCUACUACUUGUUAUCAGCCGAAGGAAGCCCCACAGUGAAAGCCUUUCUAAUUCGUUAUAAGAAGUGGCUCACUAUUUUACAAAUGGUCCAAUUUACAAUAUUUUUGGUGUACUGUGCACCAGUAUUUCUGCCAAGCUGUCCUGCACCUAUUGGCAUUGCGUAUUUGUAUUUUCCUAAUGUUAUUUUUGUGUACUAUAUGUUUUAUGAAUUCUUCAAAAAUAAUUACAUCAAAAGGAAUGAAAUUAACGGCAUCAAUUUAAAGAGUAAACAUUUUAAAUAGUAUUAUUUUAAU